CAUUUACAAAAUUUCAAAACUGUACCUUCAAAGGAAUCUGAUAGAGAGGGCAAGAAUGUGGGCAAAACAAACUAGAACAUUAGAAGCAAUUUAAUGAUGUUUGAGACAAAAUGAUCAAAUGCUAGAUAAAUUAUGUUGACCAGUGUUCGUUAACUUUUAAAUCAAACAGCGAAAUAAUGCCCAUUAAAAUCUUAUUUUUUCCAUAAAAUAGCUCUCUCUUUCUGCCGAUUUUUAAUGCGUCGAUAGUCAUAGCCACAGAUUAACCUCUGUGAUCUGUGGUCAUAGCCCUAACCUCAAACUGCCAUCCAAUGUUCAAUCAAGCUGUUUUGAAAUCAUUAUACAAAUAAUUAAAUAAAAAGUUUCUCCAUAAACAUGCCGGCCCUUUUGUAGAAAAAAUGAACAACUUGGAGGAAGCAGUUUUGAAGAAAACAACCGAUGCUACAUUACUGAAAGAAAAAGUGCUUGGCUAUGACUGGGGCCAAGGAAUAAACUACGACAAACUCCUGGAGAGUUACCUGAGCACCGGAUUCCAAGCCACCAACUUUGGGCUUGCCGUUCAGGAAAUAAACAAAAUGUUAGCGUGUCGAAAGCUAUCAUUGCCCAAAGAAAAAUACAUAGACCGGGAAGACGAAUUCACCGAGAUUCGAAACAGUUGCACAAUUUUCCUUGGAUAUACAUCUAAUUUGGUGUCUAGUGGACUGCGGGAAACGAUAAAGUUUUUAGUAGAGCAUAAAAUGAUAGAUUGCAUAGUAACAACCGCGGGGGGCAUAGAAGAAGAUUUUAUUAAAUGCCUAAGCCCAACAUAUCUGGGCGAUUUUAAUUUAGACGGCAAUGCCCUUAGAGAGAAAGGUAUAAAUCGAAUAGGUAAUCUUCUGGUCCCAAAUGACAACUAUUGUAGUUUUGAGAACUGGGUUUUGCCUAUUUUCGACAAAAUGCUCAUAGAGCAGAAAGAGAAACAGAUCCUAUGGACACCCAGUAAAAUAAUCAGUCGACUAGGAGAAGAGAUAAACAAUACAGAAAGUAUUUACUAUUGGGCAAAUAAAAAUAAAAUUCCAGUUUUCUGUCCUGCCUUAACAGAUGGAAGUAUUGGUGAUAUGAUGUUUAUGCAUUCGUUUAAAAAUCCUGGCCUUGUGGUGGAUAUAGUGCAAGAUCUUCGGCGGCUCAAUCUUAUGGCGAUGAAUGCGGUGAAUAGUGGAAUCAUAAUUUUGGGGGGCGGCGUCAUCAAGCAUCAUAUUUGUAACGCCAACUUAAUGAGAAAUGGGGCUGAUUUUAGUGUGUUCCUAAACACAGGAUCGGAAUUCGAUGGAAGUGAUUCUGGAGCUCGACCAGACGAGGCAAAGUCUUGGGGUAAAAUUAAAAAGGAUGCAACCCCCGUUAAAAUAUAUGCAGAAGCAACACUCGUGUUUCCUUUACUAGUUGCGCAAACAUUUGCCAAAGAACUCUAUGGAGGUAAGACGUAAAGAACAAUUCUUUGUUUCAUUUUCAUAAUGCAAGACAGCCUCUUCCAAAUGACAAUGAAAUAAAACAUCUAAAUAAAAGAAUUUGUUUUUAUUUUACAUAAAUUAGAGUAACGUGCGGAUAGCAAUAGUUUGAAAACAAAAAGUAAAUAAAAUCUAUAAUAUUCUAACGAAUAGCUUUAUAUUACAAGAUUUUUGCUUUCUGUAAAAUUUGAAAAUAUUUACAAUAUUCUAUAAAUCGAUCAAUCUCAGUAAGGAUCCACAUUUUACCCAACAGCAACGCCUAGGUUAGUGAAUUAAAACGAAAAUUCUAUUACAUCAGCUCAAACGCAGCUUAUUCGGAAAAACUUUCAAAAUAUACAGUCGAUCAAUUAAACCAAGUUACUCAGAUCAGUUAUUAAAAUGAAUUUGGCAGCUUUCCACCCAAAAUAUUUUGCCUAAAGAAAAAUACCAUCAUUUAGUGUUACUUGGAUAUAUUACCACGCAAAAAGCAUUGCGUCAAACUAAGAUAAAUGAAGAUUUAACUAUACAUUAAUGUAAAUAAUAUAUGUGAAAGCGUGUCUAUCAGCGUACUGGAAAACUCUGAAUAUUUUUCGAUUUGCCAAUCGGCUGCGGAUUCAAUGUUCCGGAAUACUUUUGAUCUAUAAUUGAAAGUCUACUGUAUAUUUUUAAUUUAUGCAAAAAACACUCUUCUAAACUGUAGUUUUACUACCACGUGCGUCUAUAAAUAUUUGGGAAAAUAAACUGUUUCCUACUGACUUUUGGGCUGAAAGCAUGUUUACAGGGCCUCAUCUAGAUUAUAGCAAUGCCGUCUGGUUUUCUAUUGUUCAAAUAAAACAUUGUUUCAUAUAUUUAAAGAUGACCAACAACAAUAUAAAUUUCACCAUAAUGUACUAAUGUAGAUAUUAUCACACAAAGAAAUAUGAAAAUUACUCAGUCUGCUUUGAUGAGUGUGUUGUAAAAUGUAAAAUAAGCAGAUUAAAACAUUAUUUAUA